AUGGAUUUGGUAUCGUUGGUGAAUGAGUAUGAUUGUCUUCAUACUAUCUUAGAUAACCAUGCACCGAUUAAAUCCCGGGAAAUUACAUUGCGCCCUAAGGCACCCUGGUAUACUAACGAAAUCAAUGAUAAAAAACGAAUUCGGAGACAACUUGAGAGAAAAUGGCAUAAAACAAGGACGAAUGCUGAUUGGAAUCGCUAUAAACAACAAUGUUAUGCUGUAAAUAAACUUAUCGACUCCUCAAAAUCGGCUUACUAUACCGACUUAAUUAAUAAUGGAUCAUCUGAUCAAAAAACCCUUUUCAAGACUGUAAGCAAUUUGCUGCAUACAAAUACGAUUAUUCGCUAUCCAUCUUCUCCUGACCCAAUGUCGCUUUCCAACUCAUUUAGUGAUUUCUUCACUCAGAAAAUUGUUAAAAUACGAGAUGAUAUCGAUGAUGAACUCUUGAGUAAAAACAUAGAAAAUCCUAUACCUGAUGCUGAUUCAUGUCCUUAUGAAUUUCACACCUUCAGGGAGGUUGGAAAAGACGAAGUGCUCCAUUUAAUCCAACGUAUCGCAACUAAAUCCUGUUCUCUGGAUCCACUCCCGGUGGUCAUGCUAAAUCACUGUUUUAAAGACAUCUUACCCGUUGUAGCUAGAAUAAUCAACCUCUUCUUGGAGAGUGGUACAAUGCCUGACUCUUUGAAGAUUGCUGUUGUUCAACCGCUAUUAAAAAAGUACAAUCUUUCCUAUGAAGAAUUCUGCAGUUUUCGUCCAAUAUCAAAUCUGAAAUUUGUCUCGAAAUCUAUUGAGAAAGCAGUUGCUGUACAAUUAACUGAUUAUCUUACUGAAAAUCAUCUACAUGAGAAAUUCCAGUGUGCUUAUAAACCUUGUCAUAGUACUGAAACAGCGCUAUUGAGGGUUCAAAAUGAUAUCCUUCAAGCUCUAGAUAACGGUGAUUCUGUUAUUCUUGUCCUACUGGAUCUGUCGGCGGCUUUUGACACCGUGGAUCGUUUAAUGUUAUUAACAAGACUAUCGAAACGCUUUGGCAUAAGGGGUCGUGUGUUGGAUUGGCUUACCUCAUACCUUACAUCCAGGAAACUGUUUAUUCGUGUUGAGGGAACUGAUUCGUUAUUGAGUGAUCUUGAUUGUGGUGUACCUCAGGGAUCUGUGUUGGGUCCUCUGUUGUAUUCACUCUAUACUGCCCCUCUCGCGGAUGUUGCUAGGCGCCACAAUCUGCGCUUUCACUUUUUUUCUGAUGAUGGGCAACUUUACAUUGCAUUUAAAACGAAUGAUCGUGAUGAUUUAAUAUCAUCUAAGAUCCGUAUGGAGAAAUGUAUAUUUGAAUUGGGAAACUGGUUGAUGUUGAAUAAAUUGAAACUAAAUAGUGGCAAAACGGAGCUUAUAUUAGUCCAUUCACGCUAUCAUCUGAUGCCUCCCUUAAAUUAUAUCAUGGUGGGAAAGGAAAAAAUUGUGCCAACUGUUUCAGCAAGAAAUCUGGUGGUGAUUUUUGAUGAGUGGAUCAGAUUGGGCGAACAUAUUAAUGGUAUCUGCAAGUCAGCUUACUACCAUAUUAGGAAUAUUUCAAGAAUUAAGAAGUAUCUACCUCGAAAAUGCUUAGAAAUAAUUAUUCAUGCAUUUAUAACUUCAAGACUGGAUUAUUGUAACUCCCUGUUGUAUGGUGUACCCAAAUAUUUGCUUCAGAAGCUUCAGAGAGUCCAAAAUACUGCAGCUCGUUUACUAACUGAUACUAAGAAAUCGGCGCAUAUCACCCCAGUUCUUAUCGAAUUGCAUUGAUUACCUGUCCAAUACCGUAUUCAAUUCAAGAUUAUACUUCUUGUCUACAAAGCUGUUAAUGAUCUUGCUCCAUCGUAUCUGAAGGAACUUAUGCUGUGUCGUACUUCGCAGCGUACUCUUCGAUCAAAUGGAAAUGAAUUGCUCCAGAUUCCUUAUUCUAGACUAAAGACAUACGGAGACAGAUCGUUCUGUGUUGCUGGACCAAGAUUGUGGAAUGAUUUACCUGUUCAUCUUCGGAUGUGUGAAUCAUUAACCAUUUUUAAGAAGUUUCUUAAAACAUAUCUUUUUAACUUGUUUUUAAAUAGUGUAUGAUGUAUUCUAUAGUUUUAACAUUCUUAACACUAGUUUUUAAGAUUGGAUUUUGUAUUACUGUAAAGCGCCUAGAACAGUCUUGGUUUGUGCGCUAUAUAAAUGUUUAUUAUUAUUAUUAUUAUUAUUAUUAUUAGCUACUAGCAUUUGUUCUGGCUUUUCUUCACAGAUAGAAGUGUGAUGUUUCUUACAACAUAUUUGACACAAGGAUGGGCAGCGACAUGCUGAAGCUCUGUGGCUGGUACCUGUACAGUUGAAGCAUAGUUUCUUUGACGAUAAAAGUUUCUUACGCUCAGAUGGAGUUGUAACUUUAUCGCAUUUCACUGACUUGUGUUGCGUACUAUUGCAAUAAACACACGGUCUUGGUUGUACCUCUCUGUCCCUUGCAUGAAAGCUUCGAGCCCUAGGAUCUUUUGGUUUUCUCUCAGUUUUGUCUUCAUGUCUUGGUGGGUUCCGUUCUGUCCACUGUCGCAAUGCUUCGAUAAGAUUGGGGAAUUUCCAGCUUUGCCAGUCAUCAUCUGUACGCACCAAAUCUCCACGUAUACUUUCCAGCUUAUCCAAUGUCAUGCGCACAUACCCAUUCACUUCUCCGAUUCGACCCAAAGUCUCCAAUGCUUGUACAUUUGCUAGUAAUUUUUCAUAGAAAAUAGCAAUCUUGUUUGGAUUUGUUCCAUGAACUGGUUCAAGUGCCAUAAUGUUGCUGAUAUAUGCAUUAACAAUUUCGCUUUCUUUACCGUACUUAGUUUUCAGAAUAUUCUUCGCUCUCUCGAAACCAUCUGUGGUCAGCGGUAAUCCAUCAACUAAUGCCCGUACCUUAGGUUCUAAUAGUUCCUUCAAGUAUGAAAAUUUUGUAACAUUUGAAAUGUCAGUUGCACCAAUUCCUGCUUCGUAUUGUUCCCAAAAUCUUGUCCAGUCUGUGUAGUUACCGUUGAAUUUGGAAAUCACCAGCUUAGGCAACUUGGUUGUAUUUGGUCGAUUUGGGGUUGAGACACUUCGACUCUCUUCUAGUUUCUUUUCAUAUCUCAUUCGCUGUUCUAGCUUAGCUUUUUCAAGUUUUAGUUCAUCUUCGAACUUCCUUUGUCGAGAUUGCGCUGCCAUUUCUUCCUCUUUAAUUAAGUCUCUCAGCUUCGAUCGCCUUUUGACCGAUCCGUUUUAAGGAAUUGUCGAGGUCAGCAAUUUGUGCUUCAAUGGCGAAUAAUUUAUCUUCCAACGCUGUAUAUCUUCGAUAUUUUCGCCUUUUUCGAUUUUUAACUCUUGAAUUUUAACUUUAAUAUCAUGAACUUCGCCUACCUUCGUUGUUAAGGUCUUAAUCUGUCGCUCCAUGGCUAAAACAUUGUUUGUUUCGACUGAUUUCUCUGCUUGUUCUUGCGUGAACUUAAUGAGCCUGAGUUUCGUCUCGAUAUUCUUGCUCAAAUUUUCGAUUGAUUCCAUGAUUUGUGAGCUGAUUUCUGCCCACCCGGGGACGCCACUUAUGUUGGAAACGGGUCUUCACAACACAAUCACAAAGUUAAUAAAAUAUAUAAUAAAACAAAAAUAAAUUUACAAAUAUAAUCUGAUAUGUAGUUCACGCUUCGCUAAGGGUUUUCGAUCAACAACGUGUUCGUUACAUGAAAGGCCACAGUGCAUAAAUAUAGCAGGAUUUUCAUGACAAUAGACAUUUGAAAAGUUACACCACCUUAUCAUCAUCAUCACCAUCACGGCCGAGUAUACUUGUCUUUAGGUUCAUGUUGCACGACGCCUAAAUAAUGAAGGUAUCAAAGGUGACGAUAUUGUCAUUCUGUCGCCAUAUCGAGCUCAAUGCUUUGAAAUAACCAAGAAAUUGAAACAACAUAACUUGAAUGACAUCUCUGUGAUGUCUGUAGUAGCAGCUCAAGGUUAGUGUGUAUGAAUGUCAAUACAACUUGCCAGAUGUCACUGUCAUCAUGAUCUUCAUCAUAAUUUAAAUGACGAUUUCAUUCAUCAUCACUAAUAUCAUCUCUCCAUCGUGCUUGUCGCCAUAGUAAUCCUCUCAAACGGAUAAUUAUUAUCAUGAUUAUUCAUUGCCAUAUUUUCAUCACAACAUCGUCAUCAUAUCACCGCCAUAAUCACAUCAUUAUCAUCACCCUCAUUUUCUUUACUUUCUUUAUCAUCGUCAUCAAUAUUAAUAUUGUUAUCAUCAAUAUUAUUGUCUUAACAUCACUGUAUUAUUCUCCAUCCAGUAAUUAUUUACCAUCCAGCGCCAAUAAUCACCACCAUAAUUACAACAUACUUAUUAUAAUUUAUCAUCAUCAUACAAUACACGUAGUUACUGAACUGAUAGUUUUUCUUGCUAAUAGGAAGUGAGAAAAAUUACGUCAUUCUGUCAUUGGUACGGUCUGUUCCUGAAAGAGAAAUUGAGAGAAAUCCUUCACGAUCAUGGUUGAUGGAACAUCUUGGGUUUUUAACCGAUGAACAUCAAAUAAAUGUCGCGUUAACCAGGGCAAAACGAGGCCUUUGUAUUGUUGGUAAGAGAAAUAUCAAAGUACAGGUUCCAUUGUUGUGGGAGUUGUUUUUUUUAUUAAUGUAUCCUGAUAGAGCAAUAGGCAUAAUUUCAGUCAGCCUAACAGUCAGAAUAGUAUCAUUUUAUUUGUUUUGGUUUGAGGAAAACACCACGUAUAUUGCAAAGCUUUCGACCCAUAAGCCUGGACCUUUAUCAGUGCUAAUAAUAUGACUAUGAUCAUAUUCAUGGCGAUUUUCCCGUAUUGAUCAUAAUAGUAGAGAGUUUAAGCUUCGGCUGCUUCGCGUUAUACGGCAAACUGCAAACGCCAGGCAAAGAAAAAUUUUACGGUAUCAGGCAAUAAAGAAUAAAUGAACUUGCUGUUUUAAAACUGCAAUGCAUGACUAUUCUUUCGACACAAGAAAGAAAACGUUUAAAUUAACGAAAAUUUUGCGAAGAAAGUUCGAACCUGCCGUUUGCCGUUCCCGGAAACGCGAAGCUGGCUCCCUAAUAACGGAGUAUCACUUUGUAAACUCAACAUAUGAGUUAUUAAAAAUAACAAGACACAAAAUUCAAGGUGAUGUUUCGACUUUAUUUUCUAGUCUUUGUCAAACUUAACAAUUUGCAAGCGUGCUUUUUUUUUCCUAAUCACUUUAUUGCAAAAUAAAAUAUUUACAUUAGCAAAAGGUGGCCGCACAUGCAGGACAUAGUCCCAGUUGAUUACAGCUAUACCAUUAAACUAUACAUACAUACAUGACAUGCCAUUAAUUGCAUUUAUUUUUUAUCAGUGAAAAUGAAGCAAUCUGAUUGGCUGAGGAGCCUUUCAGAGCGGACCGGUUUUUUGAAUCCGGCCCGCUCUGAAACGCAACUGCCUGCUGUGAAAUGCAACUGCCCGUUCUGGUUUUCGCGGCAAAAACCGAGGAGUGAAACAAUUUUUAAACGAAAAAAUCUGCCAAAAACGUUUGAAAAACAUAGCCUCACGAUAGUCAGAGUACGAAAAUGAAUUGCAUCAAGCCCUAAAGACUUCAUACUAAGCACGAUGUUCACCAGAAUUGACAAUAUUUUGAUAUAGAAAUGCGACUGAAAGUCGAAAAGUUAUUUGACAUGUAUAAUAAAACUUAUGUCGAGAAAACUAUAUAUUUUUUAAAUGCUCAUGUAUUCGGCCACUUAAGAGCGAAAAAAUUACAGCCGAAACAGAUAUUGUAAAAUAAAUGUUUUCCCAUUUAAAAGAAGGUUUAACUGCAGCAGUGAAAACAAGUCACGAAUAUAUUCUCUGCCCAUUUGUGUCAUGCAUUUCAUGCAUUUUUCACUGAUAUAAAUAUUGUAAACAAAGUAAAAAUUUGUGUUUAAAAACACUUUUUUCAAGCAUAUUAUCGUGAAACGACAAGCAAAAAUACAAAAAUAUAAAAAUAACAUACCUUUUUCAUUGUUUUUUUAGUAGAAAAACGUUGAUUAAAUUAAAACAGAUUCAUUUUUAUAUGUUUUUGAUCGGAUCUGAAUAUGAACCUGUCGUUGUCAGGAGCAACUGAUACUACAUUAUCAAUACUAUAUAAAUUCAACUAAGUUAAAAGUCGCUAUUAUCUACCAGUUUCAAAGAGUAGAGUUCCUUUAGCGCGCUUUUAAAAGUGCUUAUUCUUGUAAUAGUUUUUGAAGUAGGAGGUAGACUGUUCCAUGAGCGUAUAUAACUGUAGGAAAAUAUGAAUAACCAAAAUAGUUUGUUCUGUAUCUAAGUUCAGAAAAAUUACUCUGAUGAGAAUGCAGAUCUUUAUAAGUAACAAAGCAGAAAUAUGAAGUACGAGACCCGAGAGAAUAUAGAGAUCUUACAUCUCAUUAAAGUUUUUGAAUGGGUUCACCUCGCAUUUUUAUCUAUAAAAAUAAUUGUUUACUAUUGAUUUCAAGUACAACCAUGCAUGUAAAUUCCAUUAACUGUAAUUUCCUUAUUUGCUUCUCUUUAGGCAAUGCAAACUUGCUUGGUAUUUGCAGUAUGUGGAGAGAGUUGUUAAAGCAUUAUGAAAGCAAAGGAUGUUUAAAGAUGGAUGCAUAG